AUGUUUGCAUAUAAGGAGAAGAUGCCCGAAGGCAUGUCUGAAGCAGAAUUAAACAGAGCAGGUGUAAUUAGAUGCGGAAGCGGUGAUGAAUUAUAUGGAGACAAUUCUGGGACUAGUUUAUCAAUUGUUGGGGCAGAUUUCUGUGUAGUUGCCUCAGACACAAGGCACUCUGCAAUGUACAAUAUUAACACGCGGCAAGCAACAAAGUCAUUUUGCCUGGACGGCCGGUUCAUUCUGAGUACAACCGGGUUCUAUGCAGAUUCCAGAUACAUUUUCAGUAAAUUGGCAUACGAGAUAGAUAAAUAUCAGUUCAAAUACAACAAAAAGAUGGCCAUAGAACAAGCCGCAGCACUUUUGCAUGUUCUCUUAUACACGCACAGAUUCUUCCCGAAGUUCACGUAUUGCUGCUUGGUUGGGUUUAAUGAAAAUAAUGAGCCAAAGAUAUUUUCGUAUGAUCCAGUGGGCUCGUACCAAGAGACACCCUGCAGGUGCAAUGGGUCUGGUACUGCCUUGCUACAGCCAAUGCUUGAUUCUUGGAUCACUCGCAAGAACUGGUACUGCGAGGAGGGAAAGAACUAUGUGUGCACAGAGGAGGAAGUUAUUUCUUUAGUGAAGGAUGUCUUUAAUAGUGUAGCUGAGACAGAUGUGAAAACGGGAGAUGGCCUGGAGGUGUACGUAAUCAAGAAGGACCAAAUAGUAAGAAGUGAAUAUCCACUUAGAUCAGACUAA